GGCAUCGAGUCCGAACCACUAGAAAACAUGCAAUUUGAGCCCAGGCUUGACAGACCCGCGCAUCCAUCGUCGCAUCUAGGGCGCUGAUUGUCGCUAGACGGUCCAGGACGGGCACUCGGUGAGACCUGCCUUGCCUUCAUCACUCAUGAGAGGAGAUUGACAGCGCUGCCAUUCCCUCACAGAACAACCCAUUACAUCUACGAAGGCGUCCGAAUAUGCUUUAUCUGCUCCGCCUUCCCGUAUCCCCUCGAGCAAGUGCACUCUAUCCCCUUCCUCGCAGCAUUGCCCAGCGACGCACUUUGAGCUCCAAACCGCUUCCACCCACCCUGGUCACUGCUACGGCACCCGCGCACCAAUGCUACAUCUUCCUCCACGCCUCCGAACCUCCCACUGAGUUCCCUGCCCGCAAAUCCACACCCAUUCAACGCGCACUGCAACUCCGCGCUUCCCGUUGGGGCGGCGUCGUCAACUUCUCCUGGUCCACCGACACGGAAGCCAAGUCCGACGAGUCGCGCAUCCAAGGGACCGCGUACACCGUCGCAGGUGGAAGAUUGAAUCUCACAAAUAUCGCGCUCGAAAACAUCGACGAGGUCGAGAGACAGAUCCUCGAGCACAUCUCUACUGCGCCGGAUCGCUCGGUCCACCAGGAGCAGGGGCUUGACUUCUACGUCUGCACGCACGGAGAGCGAGACUGUCGUUGCCUAGAACACGGCAAGCCAGUCGUUGAGGCACUCCAGGCCGAAAUCGCUCGUCGGCGACUCAAGGAGACGCUGCCGCCCAUCAACGUCUACGAGUGCGGUCAUGUAGGGCAGCAUGCGUUUGCUGCGAAUGUCCUCCUGUACCCGCACGGAGAGUGGUUUGGGCUGCUUCGCCCUGAGCAUGUCCCCGAAUUCCUUCAGGAAACCCUUUCCGUACCUUCGCGCCCACGCACCGCUGAGGAUCCACCCCUCUUCCCCGAGCACUGGCGUGGCCGCAUGGGCUUGUCCAGAGACGAGCAGUUGACACUCUACCAGUCGCAAGCAGCGUAGACUAUUCCCCUUAAUACACGCUAGAUGAGUUUGCUGCCCCAAGAGUAUGGUAUAUUCGGAGCAGAGAGAGAUACAAGACAACACGGCCGAGCCUGCAA